UGUACCUCCAUCCUCUCCCGCACUUUUGCACGCCGGCGUCAUGGUUGGUUUUACACACAGACUCAACGCAGUGGUUGCGGACUCUUUCGUCGGGAGGCACUUCCGCUUGGAGGGCUCCGGACACCCGAAGGAGCGCGAAGGGUCACGGUUCCUGACGGAAAUCCGUGCUGGCGUCACAACAUGGGCCGCCAUGGCAUACAUUAUCUCGGUCAACGCCGCCAUCCUGCGAGAUUCAGGAGGGACGUGCGUUUGCUCCACCAACGACGGCUGCACGGACGACGCUGUUUACCUCUCGUGUGUCGCUGAUGUGCAACGGGACCUUAUCACCACGACCGCGUCCAUCUCCGCGCUCUCGUCGUUCCUUAUGGGUCUCCUCGCGAACCUCCCGGUUGGGAUGGCCCCAGGUUUGGGCCUGAACGCCUACUUCACCUACUCCGUCGUUGGCUUCCACGGGUCCGGCUUCAUCUCGUACAGGGAGGCCUUGGCGGCGGUGUUCAUGGAGGGAUGGAUUUUCUUCAUCCUCUCCCUCCUCGGUCUCCGUCAAUGGCUCGCGCGUAUCAUGCCGCAGUCGCUCGUCAUGGCUGUCGGUGCCGGUAUCGGCCUGUUCAUCGCCUUCAUCGGUCUCUCUACUGGCGGUCUUGGCGUCAUCGGCGGUGACACCACGAACUUCGUCGGUCUGGGCGGCUGUCUCGCAGAAGAUUACCUGAGCGCGGACCUGCCCAACUACUGUGGCACAAGGGUCUUGCGCAACCCCACCGUGUGGCUUGGUAUCUUCACUGGCGGUAUCCUCACCGUGCUGCUGAUGUUGUACCGUAUCAAGGCGGCGAUCCUGAUCGGCAUCUUCGUCACGUCGAUUAUCUCCUGGCCUCGCUCCACCGCGGUCUCGUACUUCCCCCACACCGAUGCCGGCGAUGCUAUGUUCGACUUCUUCAAACAGGUCGUCACCUUCUGGCCGCUGCAGCGCGUCGGGAAUGCACUCGAUUACAACUACGGCAACGGCAAGGUGUGGUACGCGCUCAUCACCUUCCUGUACGUCGAUAUCCUCGACACCACCGGUACGCUGUACUCCAUGGCCAAGUUCGCCGGCCUCCGCGACCCCGUCACGCUCGACUUCGAGAACUCGACGAUCGCGUACUGUGUUGACGCGUUCUCGAUCUCCAUGGGCGCGCUCAUGGGUACCUCCCCCGUCACGGCCUUCGUUGAGUCCGCGACUGGUAUCUCCGAAGGUGGCAAGACCGGUAUCACUGCGAUGAUCACUGGUGUUAUGUUCUUCGUGUCCAUCUUCUUCGCGCCCAUCUUCGCGUCGAUCCCGCCCUGGGCGACGGGUGGUGCGCUCGUCAUCGUCGGUUCGUUGAUGAUCAGGAACGUCCGUGAAAUCAACUGGGACUACGUCGGCGACGCCGUCCCCGCGUUCCUCACCAUCAUCAUGAUCCCGCUCACGUACAACAUCGCGUACGGUGUCAUUGCGGGUGUCUUCUCGUAUGUCCUCAUCAACGGCACGGCGUGGCUGGUCUCGAAGAUCAGCGGCGGCCGCAUCGUGCCCCCCAACUACGCUGCUUCCGAGGCGUGGGUCAUCCCGCCCGGUGGUGUUGUCCCGACCUGGAUGAAAGUGGUCGCUGGACGGCGCUCAUCACCCAUCAACCCAUCGACGGACGUACCGCUGCAACCCCGCCGCUCACCCUCAAUAGACGAGCGCAGCCACACCAAGGCAAGCAUGACCGAGUACGACAUGCGCGCCACCAGCCGGUAGGCGUCAGCCUCCGCGCCCCCCACUCCCACCGGACACGCUCCCUUCCAUUAUUUUCGACCCCGGGAGUUGUCUUGCGCAACACCACAUACCGAAAGCCGCCCGCACGGCCGUUUACAUUUAUCGCACGCAUCAUUAGUACAUAGUCUCUUGGAUAUUAGAGUGUACGCCUAUUGCAGUACCGUGGGGUCUUCUUGGUGUGGCUGUUGUUUCGAAAAGCGUUGUAUUAUUCUUUCGUAGUUCGUAUCCAAUGAACGUCCUUUCUU